CUCUCGUGCAGUGCAUUCACUCUCCUCGCUCCCGUCCCCCACCGCGCCGCACAAACUCCCCGACCUCGCCGCCGACGCCGCCGCCAUGCCGGAGGACGUCGAGAUGAACGACUCCGCCGCGCCCGCGCCCGCGCCCGCCGCCACCCCUGCGGCCGCCGACGCCCCCGCCCCCGCGCCCGCUCUCUCCACCUUGCAACAUCUGAAGGAGAUCGCGUCCGUGGUCGAGGCCGGGUCGCUGACCAAGGAGGUGCGCCGGAUCUCCCGCGCCGUGCGCCUCACCGUCGCCCUCCGCCGCCGCCUCGCCCCCCGCGACGUCGCGGCCUUCCUCGCCUUCGCGCUGCCGCCUUCCUCCGACGCCUUCGCCCGCCUCUCCCCGCUCCUGCCCAAGGAAGAUGGAAGUGAGAUGGAUGUUGAUACUGCAGCUCCAGCAGCUCAAGUUUCUAUCAAGCAUGGUCUCCCAGAGAUUGAAAUAUACUGCUACUUGCUUGUGUUGAUUUUCCUUAUUGAUCACAAGAAGUACGAUGAGGCUAAAGCAUGUGCCAAUGCUAGCAUUGCUCGUCUGAAGAAUCUCAAUAGGAGGACUGUUGAUGUUUUGGCUUCUAGGCUGUACUCGUAUUACUCAUAUGCCCAUGAACUCACCAACAGCCUUGCUGAAAUUCGUGGAACGCUCCUGGGGUUGCACAGGAUGGCAACUUUGCACCGUGAUGAGCUUGGCCAGGAAACCCUUCUUAACCUGCUUCUUCGCAAUUACCUGCACUACAACUUGUACGACCAGGCAGAAAAACUUAGGUCAAAGGCACCACGUUUUGAAGCACAUUCCAAUCAGCAGUUCUGCCGGUAUCUCUUCUACUUGGGCAAAAUUAGAACAAUUCAGCUGGAAUACACUGAUGCUAAAGAGAGUCUCUUGCAAGCUGCACGAAAAGCACCCACUGCAGCUCGUGGAUUCCGCAUUCAGUGCAACAAAUGGGCUAUAAUAGUAAGGCUACUCUUAGGGGAGAUACCAGAGAGGACUGUUUUCAUGCAGAAAGGAAUGAAGGUGGCUUUGACACCAUAUUUUGAGCUUACAAAUGCUGUUAGGGUUGGGGACCUAGAAUUGUUCAAAGCUGUUGCAGAAAAAUUUGCAAGCACUUUCAGUGCAGACAGGACAUCCAAUUUGAUUGUGAGGCUGCGCCACAAUGUUAUUCGGACUGGACUGCGCAACAUUAGCAUAUCAUAUUCACGGAUCUCCCUUCCUGACAUUGCCAAGAAAUUGAGGUUGGAUUCUGAGAAUCCUGUUGCUGAUGCUGAGUGCAUUGUUGCUAAGGCCAUCAGAGAUGGCGCAGUUGAUGCCACCAUUGAUCAUGCCAAUGGUUGGGUGGUGUCAAAAGAGACUGGUGAUGUGUACUCAACGAACGAGCCACAGGCUGCGUUCAACUCCAGGAUUGCAUUUUGUCUGAACAUGCACAAUGAGGCAGUCAAGGCUCUGAGAUUUCCCCCGAAUUCUCACAAGGAAAAAGAAAGCGCUGAGAAGAGGCGAGAGAGACUCCAGCAGGAGGAAGAACUUGCAAAACACAUGGCCGAGGAAGACGAUGAUGACUUCUAGAUUGGCUUCCACUCGGUGCGUUCAGCUGCUGCAUGUUCCAUUUAAAAAAUGCUGAGGGCUACUCUGUCAAUUUUAGGAGCCGCAAGAUCUCUGAUCUACCUGCGGGGACAAUUUGAAUCAUGCAAUGCUUGAUAUUGUUACUCGUGUGGUUUAUUUAUGUUCCUAACAAUUCUUUUAUCACCACAAAUUGUUUAGGAAGCACCUUAUUUUCCCCUGAGAUUCUGUAAUCGAGGAAGCAAAGAGCUGCAACAGAUCAGUGUGUUUUGCAUCGCAUUUCAUGUUUGCUUUGCGGGAAGCUGAUUUAAGGACAA